AUGUCUGCCUCACCUCCGCAGGAGGAUCCGGCGGAGGAGACCAAACUCGACGAGCUGGAGGGGACUCCUGCCGAUGGAGAGCAAGAGCAGGACCAAGAGCCAGAGCCAGAGCCAGAGGCUCCCGUUAAGCGAAAGCGUGGACGCCCCCCCGGCAGCAAGAAUAAGAAAGCCGUCGCUGCCGCGGCAGGGGACACCGCAGGGUCAUCGACAGGCGCGGGGACAUCGUCUGAUCCCCCCAAGAGACCACGAGGCAGGCCUCCCAAGCGGAAGCCAGACGAUGCGUCUGCUGAUCCGCCGAUGAAACGAAAGAGAGGUCGUCCCCCUAAACCCAAGCCCGAAACCACAGUUGAAGAUGCUACCGGCGAUGGGGAGGUGGCUGACGCUCCUGCGACUAGCAGCGAGCCCAAGAGGAAGCGAGGUCGACCUCGCAAGAAUCCCGCGUCUUGA